AGCAGCCCGAAGGAGGUCUGUUACUAUGUAAGAUGACACCAAGUCAUAUUGAAAGCCUCAAGAGACUGAAGAAACUUGUGUGACACACAGUGGAGGUGGAACCAUUUGGGGAGACGGCUUCUUCUUCUUCUUCUUCUUCUUACACAAGUUUCUUCAGGUGGCCUCAGACUGAUCAGGAGUCAGUAUGGCUCUGCUCAUCCACAUGCUGGCCUGUGCCUUCGGACUGGGCUCCUGGGUGGCAGUGAACGGCCUGUGGGUGGAACUACCACUCAUCGUCAACACACUCCCUGAGGGCUGGGAGCUCCCCUCCUACCUGACAGUUAUCAUUCAGCUGGCUAACCUGGGACCUCUGCUAGUCACACUCAUGCACAAACUAUGUCCGGGGCGCCUAAAAGAGCAAGUUGUCAUAUACAUCAUCCUCUCCAUCGGCAUCCUAGCCUGCAUCCUGCUCGCCUUCUUCUGGGACAAGACUACAAUUUGGGCUGGCGCUCCGCACAGCACUGCCUUCUUCAUCAUCACCUUCUUCCUCUCGCUGGUGGACUGCACUUCCUCAGUUACUUUCUUGCCUUUCAUGAUGCAGCUUCCCGCAGUAUACAUCACCACUUACUUUAUUGGGGAAGGGCUCAGCGGUUUCAUUCCUGGCAUAGUCGCCCUGGCUCAAGGUGUCGGCAUUGCCAAAUGUGUCAACAGCUCCCAAACUGUAGGAAACCAAACAGAUGGAAACAAGUGGUCAAUACAUACUGAGUAUCUUCCUCCAAACUUCUCCACUGAGGUGUUUUUCUUCUUCCUAGCGGCCAUGAUGUGCAUAAGUCUGGCUGCUUUUAUUGCACUGAACAGACUUCCUCGGAUAUACGAGCUGUCCACUGAAAACCUUGUGCCAGACUCUGUGGCAUCUGUCUCCUCCGGCCUUGACAACCCCGGAGCAGAGAUAGAUGGAAAGGACAUGAGAUGCCAUCGUGAGGGGGCAGCUGAGAGCACACCUCUGCAGGCAGGCCCAAAACACUCAGUGUACCAGAUGACUUUCAUCUACUUCCUGGUGGUGUGGGUUAAUGGUGCAACCAACGGCCUGCUGCCCUCUGUGCAGACAUACUCCUGUAUGCCUUACGGGAAUCUGGCCUAUCACCUGUCUGCUGCUCUGGCAUCAGUGGCAAACCCAAUGGCUUGCACCAUUGCAAUGUUCUUCCAAAACAGGUCACUGGUGUUUCUCGGCAUGCUGACGGUAUUGGGGACAGGAUUUGCCAGCUAUAACAUGGCAAUGGCAGCUAUGAGUCCGUGUCCUUUACUUCAAGGGACUGCAGCGGGGGAGGCGAUCAUUGUGCUCUCAUGGCUCUUCUUUACUGGGACGCUGUCUUAUGUUAAAGUGAUGGUGGGUGUCAUCCUGAGAGACCGGAGCCACAGUGCCCUGGUCUGGUGCGGAGCUGCAGCACAGAUAGGCUCACUGGUCGGUUCGGUCACCAUGUUUCCUCUGGUUAAUGUCUACCAGCUCUUUACGUCAGGAGACUUCUGCAACACUAAAUGUCCCUCAUGACAGCACUGAGAGGGAGGCUGGAUAGGUUUUUUAUGUAAAUGUACUUAUUUGCUUUGUUGCCAAGAAUUUUUUAUAACAACAAUGUAUGAUGUAUAAAAUAUAAUGUAUAAAAUAAAAAUGUAUAAUGGUCGGGGUCGUGUUCAACACAAAUUAAUAAAGGCCCCAAAAAACAGGUCACUCCUGGUUAAUACAUUUUAAUACAUUUAAUACAUUCAACAAUAUAAUCAUGUUAUUUUCAACACUUUGUUGUUUUGGAUUACUCAUCUAAAGUAUUAUUGCCA